AUGAAGCGUUAUCAGUUACUGUUAUUGUCUAAUCAUAUUUUACGAAUAUUUUUUCUAUUUCAUAUACUAAAUGUAACUAUCAAGACAAUUAAAGCAGAAGAUAUUCAUGACUCAUCUGCUGAUAUUACGAUCAGUAUUGAUAAUUUUGGAAAUCAAAGUUUAGAAAAUCAUGAUAAUUAUCAUCAAUCAGUGGAUACUGUAGCAAAAAAUGGAGCAUCAAAAAAAGUGGAAGAUUUAAUCAUUGAUGAAGGUUUUAUUUUAACAACACUUAAACAACAACAACGACAACGAGAACGAGAACGAUUACAACAACAACAACGACAACGAGAACGAGAACGAUUACAGCAACAACAACAACGACAACAACAACAACAACAACAAAGUGACGGGAAAAAAGGAAUAAACAUCAGAGGAAACUCUGCUACUAUUGCUACUACAAGUGUAAAUGACGCUGGUGAUAGCAAGCGACAACAAAAUUUGUCAUUUGAUGAAACAAAUUUUGUAGAUUUUGCAUUAAUCUAUCCCACAAACAAUACUAUAAACAAGGAAUUUUCAUCAGCAAUUCAUCCGAUAUCAAAUAAGAAUCUUUCCUUAUCACUAAUUAAUCAAUCGAUUCUUAAUGAUAAAAGUAGUAAUAAUAGUCGUAGCAGUAGUAGUAGUAGCGAAUGGAAAUUUUUAAAACAAAGAAGGAAUAAUCUAAACAAUGGUUACAAUAAUCGAAAAAAACGUUGGACAGAUGUUGCUACAACUGAUAAGGAUGGAAUUAAUGAGAUAAUUAAAACAUUAUCAUCGACAAGUUAUGAUUCACCAACGAUUGCUUCCAAUGAAAUUUUUACAUCACAAGAUUAUCAAAUUCAUGAUGUUGAUGAUGAUCGUGGUAAUACUGAACAUAAUCGUUUUCGAAUACCGGUUGAAAAUAUUGUUAUUGUUGGUGGUGAUGGUGAUGAUGAUGAUGAUGAUGAUGGUGAUGAUGAUGAUGAUAGUGAUGGUGAUAAUAUUAUUAAUCGAAAUAAUAAUAAUGAAAUUUCCAAAACUACAACAUUUGAAGAAAUUGAAACAACCGAUAGUUAUGAACAGAUGAGUUCAAUUGAAGAAAAUGAUAAAGAUGAUGAAAAUGCGCAAAUGGGAAUUGUUCGAAUAGCGCCAGAAGUAUUACCAGAAGGAAGUAUAGGAUAUAUGAAUAUUGAAUAUGGAACAAAAAUUAAACCAACAGUACAUUUUUUGGAUGUAAAAACCGAUGAAACGAUACGAAAAAUGGAAAUGGACGAUAAUUUAGAAACAGAUAUGAUUGAGGGAAAAAAACAAAUGCUACAAAAAGAUGAAAUAGAUUUGGGAACAAUUCAAGAGAUGAGAAUUUCGGAUGAUCCAAAUGAUGCUGCAAUUGCAUGCGAUGAUGAAACUGAAGGUAGUGGUGUGCAGGAAGAAGAAUUUCAGGAAUACGGAAAAUUGGAUAUGACAACAAGCACAGAAUCACAGCAAUCUUCUAUGCAUAUAUCUUCAGAUUAUCUACGUGAUGAUCACAAUCCUUCCUCUUCUCAUUCCUCUUCUUCAUCAUCUUCUCCUUCUUCAUAUACUAUUCACAAUGAUCAGUUUAUUAUUGGCAAAUAUACAGAUAGUUUAAUUUUACCCGCCUAUGAAACUGCUAUUACGGAACGUAUAAUUCCGGUUAUUCCAAUAUUGGAAAAAGUUCAAUUAUUGGAAACAAUAUCAGCAAAAAAUAACGAAUUUCCGGAAAACCGCGGUCAUCGUACCGGUGGUUUGACUUUUGUAGAAGGGUCAUGCAAUAGAAUGAAUGAUAUUAGAUGCGAACGCAUGCUCGCUGUAUUAUUUUAA